ACAUUCUACAAAAAAAAAAAAAAAAAAAAAAAGACGUGACGUGACAACUAUAAUUUGUCUGACAUGAUCUUGCUUGCAGAAGAGCACUCACACUUUAUACCUACACCUUGGAGGAUCGACAGCUUGGUAUGGAGGCGCCACCUCGACCAGAACUCUUUGACUUCCAUGGUGUCUACAUGACAAAAUACUUCGCUGACAACUGGGAAAACGUAAAGAACUUCAAGGCCAAACCGGAUGAUAUUGUCAUAGCUACUUAUCCUAAAUCAGGAACCACAUGGGUCUGCUACCUCUUGGAUCGCCUGUACUUUGGAAAGACGUAUCCAGAGAAAGACACAUCCCGCCCUCUGUAUUUGAGAGUACCAUUUCUGGAGCUGUGCAUCCCUGGUCACCCCAAAGGAAAAGACCUGGCAGACCAGCUAACGAUCACUCCUCGUCUCAUUAAAACUCAUCUGCCAGUCCAGCUUGUACCAGAGACAUUUUGGGAGCACAAUUGUAAGACAAUCUACGUUGCUCGAAACCCUAAGGAUGUUGUAGUGUCUCACUUCCACUUUAGCCGCAUGAACAGCAUCCACCCUGCACCAGGAGACUGGGAUGGAUUUCUGGAAAGAUUCAUGGAGGGCAAAAUGGCAUAUGGAGCCUGGCAUGAGCAUGUGGUUGGCUGGUGGGAGAAGAAGCAAACGUAUCCAAAUCUACAUUAUAUAUUCUAUGAAGAUUUGACUGAGAAUUUGGGACGCGAGAUUGACAAGCUGUGUCGUUUCCUUUGUGUGUCUCCCUCAACUGAGGAGAAAGAAAGCAUCAUGGAGGCUGUGAAAUUUGAAAAUAUGAAAGGCAACAAACUGACCAACUUUGCCAAUGCCCCCUUAAUGAAUCUGAAGGAGUCUCCUUUCAUGAGAAAAGGGAAAGUUGGUGACUGGAAGAAUCAUUUCACUGUGGCACAGCGUGAACAGUGCGAUGAGCACUACAAGCAGAAAAUCAAGUCACCUGGAUUGCAGUUUCGCACUGAAGUUUAAGGCUUGGACCGGGAAAACAAACCAGGAUUUUUUUCUUCGGCUAAAGAUAUCUAGUCAAGACUGCACGAGCAAGCUCUUUCAGAUUUUCCUUCUUGUCAUCAUUGUCUUCCUUCGGGCAUUAACUCAUUUGGGUUAAGAACAUUUAUUUACUGUUGUGAACAAAACCAACAAUAUGAUGCAAUACAGAGAGUGAUCAUCAAACACAGGAAAAAAUUGGAUUGUGAUCAUUUCAUGUUGUAAUUUUUAUUUGAAUCUAGACAUGAAAUUCCACGAAAUGAAAGAACAAAUGAUAGAUAGUCCAAAUAAACAGAUCUAAUACUGAAUGUCUGCAAUGUAACUACACACUGGGGCGGGCACAUGGAUUAAUUUUCUAUGGCACAUAUGCUUUUCAGAGUGGGCAACACUGAAUACAUUUAAUGCUUCCACUCUAGUCUGGAAGAAAAAGAACAGCAAACAGCAAGACAGCAACAUCUUAAAAACCCAUUGGAAUGUAGACCACAACACAAGACCCUUGGACUAAAAAGACUAAACAAUUUAAGCAUCACUGGAAGAACUGGAUGUCAGCUUGUCAUGAUCUGUUACGUGAAUAAAGGCAUUGGCCAUUUCCGGAAAUCAUCCCUGAAAUGAUAAUAUUCCAAUAAACUAAAACAUAUAUUUA